CUUUAUUAGCAUACCAAUCUUUUGAGCCAACUUCUCACUAGACUCUGGACUCACCAUGUCCGUGAUAUCCACCAGCCAGAUACUGGCCUGGCUUGCCUGGGGACUGAUUUGGUAUGAAUCUCUGAUGCACACUUCACUUUAACUCAAGCAAUGAUAAUCCAGAGCCGACAAGAAAAUUCUUCAGGGGCUGGUUUAUUCCAUCGUUCCUUUUUCUCCCAUGGGCUCUCACAACGGCAGAGUUUUGUUCAUCGAUGCCUGUCAAUGGUGCCAACUACUGGUGGACGGCUGCACUGGCACCUCCAUCGAUAUCCCGUCCCCUAUCUUUCAUCGCAGGCAUGGCCAACAUCAUGAGUGCCCUCACCAGUAUUGCCAGCUUUGCUUGGGCGUCGUCCAGCUCCAUCUGCACCGUCAUCGGUCUCUUGACUGGCUGGGUACCCACCAACCCUAUUAUCUUUGCAGUCGCCAUAGCUACCUGCGCUGCAUGGUUUUUCACGGCAUCUAUUAGGAUGGAUAAAGCCAGCCUUAUUUUUAUAUCCUCGGCAACCCUUGUUCUCGUCUUCUCGGCCUGCUUUGUCAUUGGACUUCCCGUUGCUCAAAAGACCCAAGGUAUUCCUUUUACUUCCGCCGCUACCGUCUUUGGAGAUUACACCAACUACAGUGACUGGGACAAACCUGUCGCUGUUCCGUUCACCUUCUUUUGUGCCGCAUGGGUCAUUACUGGCUGGAACGCACCAUCAGCCGUGGCAGAGAAGACUCACAAUGCACGAAUCGCUGCACCUCGCGCCAUCAUCAACACGUAUUAUUUACAAGCAGGUAUGAGUAUGCUAUUCUGCAUCCUGCUAGCUUUCUGCAUCACGGACAUGGAAGCAGCGGCCUCUGAUCCUACCGGCUACGCUGUCUUUACUCUCCUAAUUGAUCGCUGGGGUCUCAAGGUUGCCGGGGCUUUCCUGCUCAUCAUCUUCUUAAACACCUCUAUCGGUGGCGCGGCGGUCUUGGUCAUGAUGUCGUGUCAGACAGCUGCCUUUGCACGGGAUGGGGGGAUGCUCUUCAACGACAAACUCUCAUAUGUCUCUCCCCGGAGCAACAUGCCAAUCUACACAACAAUGUUCCUCACGAUUGGCGGCAUGCUUAUGUUAUGCCUGGGAUUUUCUCCUAUUGCCUCCGAGAGUAUCUACUCCCUUGCUGUCAUUGCAAUCAUAGUAUUGUACGCAUUGCCCAUGAUAUUCAGAGUCUUCGGCAAUGGACGCUGGGUUCUGGGCCCAUGGAACAUGGGCAGGCUUAGCAAGCCUGUUCAUGUCUUGGGUUUCUUGACGGUCGUCUAUAUGAUGAUAAUUGAAUGCUUCCCCCCCGAGGCAAAGUGGACUGGAGCGACCCUGAACUAUAAUUGGGCCGUGUUCUUGGGUGCCGUGUUGCUUUCUACCAUCCUUUGGUUUUCUCAUGGCUCCCGUUCCUACCAGGGGGUUAACCAAGAAAUGCUGAGGGCUUGGAGAGAGCGAGAGCAUGACCGUGGGUUGAACCAGGAAGGUUCUAGAUUAUCGCCCAGCGAGACAUACAUUGGGGGAGUGAAGCCUUAGGUGUUUUCAAGCUGAAGGAGUGGAUAUUUCAUUUUCUGUCUGUUUACUUUACUGUCUGAUCCAAUGCUACAUAUCUAGCUUCCAAUUUGAAGCAAUGUCCUUUAUUUACUACUUCCGUGGUUUUUUCAAUCAAGUACCAGCUACAAAAUGUCCUUCACAACAGGCCAAAGAAAGGCAAUAUAGGGAUGCUGAACCUAGGCAAUGACUCUUCAGUGACUUCAUCUGCUUAAGUGCCGUGCAUUCUGUGCACAGCGAAUUCGUCAUUU